GAAUAAGCAGAGACAGACUCCCGCUAGUAUCUCAGAUUUGGGCACAGAGACGCCUCUUGAAUCCGAGGGACCCCCAAUACACAGCAGCGCAUUAAGGAAAGCGGCUCUGUUCCGACAGGAACCUUCAAUCCAGUUCCAGGGAGACUCGCUCUAAUCGCAGUGUCGGACAUUGAGCAGAGAGGGGAGCAGUGAAUAGGGCAGAGCAGUGAAUAGGGCAGAGCAGUGAAUAGGGCAGAGCAGUGAAUAAGGCAGCCUGCCACAGGCACAAUGACCCUACUCGUUGGAAAGCAUUAGAGAGAAGCCACAUUCACGGAUGACUAAGCCGGAAAUGUUGUGGAAGAGAGCGCCCAGAGCUUAGUGUUACUUGGGAAUAGAGUAACCUACGGGGAAAACUGCUUCCUCUCCAACCUAAGGAGCAGUCGCAAUUGACUUUGGCUAGGCACAGAUAGAGCGCUUUUGUAGCUCAGCUGGACCAUGCUGGACUCCCGAUGCUGAGCUGUCGCUCCUCUCAGGCCCCCCUUAGGUCCUGGGGCCAAGCAACACGAUGCUGGCGGGCUUCGCGGAGGCGUGGCGGGCACAGUUCCCGGACGCGGAGCCGCCGCGCAUGGAGUUGCGCACAGUACGGGACAUGGAGCAGGAGUUGGAGAGGUGCAGAGCCUCUGUCCGCCGGCUGGAGAGGGAACUUAACAGGGAGCGAUUCCGCAUGAUCUACUUGCAGACCCUGCUAGCUAAGGAAAGGCGUGGGUACGACCGGCAGCGGUGGGGCUUUGAGGAUCGCCAGCACCAGGCAGGAGAACGGGAUCCCUUUGGGGAGGAAAGGGUCAAGAGCACAGGUAGAGAGGAAAGGAGUCCCGAAAACAGCAUCAAGGGUCCUGGUCGAAGGGAACCACCGGUUGGUGCUCCUGACUUGUCCCCGGGGGAUGUAAAUCGAGGGCCCCGUCGCCUUUUAAGCCUAACAGAACGGGAAGACCCUGAGCAACGAUCUGACCGGCUAAGGAGGGCAUCGUCCCACCCAGAAGGUAGCCCCGGACUUCGGGGGCCGCAGGUUGCUGAGCACCGUGGAAUUCGAGGCCGCUCCUCUGACAGCAGCUGUGGGUGGGAUGGAGAAUAUGAAGAACCUGAGCUAAACCCACGCUUUCUGCGGGAUAAUGCCUUACCCGGCACUGGGGGUAAUUGGGGGGAGGCCUGGCCCCGCCGCUCCUUUUCUCCGCGGAGUUUUGAGGACCUAGGGGGUGGGUAUACUCCAGACUGCAGCUCCAAUGAGAAUCUGACUUCAAGUGAAGAGGAACUGUCAUCUGGCCCCUCUGGUAGGGUGUCACCCAGAGGCAUCUGGAGCCGUUCCCCUCCUUCCCCUGGUAGUGCCAGUCCACCCACUCCUCAGGCUCCUGCUCGGCAGUGCCAGUUAAGGAUCGCGGAGGCAGCGAUUGUGGGAGUUCGUAGGAGUGGCCAGAUAUGGCCCAGUUGCGCUGAACCUGUGGGAAGGGAUCAAGGUUGCCAUGGAGAUGGAGAUGCGUCUCACUGCAGGGCAUCGCCUGGGGGUACUGAAGAGCAGCGUUCUCAGCAUGACUUGAUGCCGUUUAUAGAUGAAUCACCUUCCUCCUCACCUCAGCUGAGUGCCAAGAGCCGAGGAAGUAGAGACACCCUCUCCUCUGGGUCUUUGGAGUCAAGUAAAUCAACUGAACUGGACCUGGAGAAAGGUCUGGAGAUGAGGAAAUGGGUGCUCUCUGCAAUCCUGGCUGGCGAGGAGACCUAUUUGAGCCACUUGGAGGCUCUUUUACUACCCAUGAAACCUCUUAAAGCUGCAGCGACCACAUCACAACCAGUGCUGACUGUUCAACAGAUUGAAACAAUCUUCUUCAAGGUUCCUGAGCUGUAUGAGAUUCACAAGGAAUUCUAUGACUCUCUCUUCCCCCGGGUGCAGAAAUGGAGCCACCAGCAGCGUGUAGGAGACCUGUUUCAGAAGCUAGCUAGUCAGCUCGGGGUGUAUCGCGCCUUUGUUGACAACUAUGAGGUUGCUAUGGAAACAGCGGAGAAAUGCUGCCAAGCCAAUGCACAGUUUGCAGAAAUUUCAGAGAAUCUAAAGGCUAGGAAUACACGAGAACCCAAAGAUCAUUCAUCGAAAACCACUCUUGAGGCACUGCUGUACAAACCUGUGGAUCGUGUGACUCGCAGUACUCUUGUCCUACAUGACCUGAUAAAGCACACUCCCAUUGGGCACCCAGACUAUCCGCUGCUGCAGGAUGCUCUCCGGAUAUCCCAGAACUUUUUAUCUAGCAUCAAUGAGGAGAUAACGCCUCGCAGGCAGUCAAUGACUGUACGGAAAGGAGAACACAGGCAGCUUUUGAAGGACAGUUUUAUGGUAGAACUAGUAGAAGGUGCCCGAAAGCUGCGUCAUGUCUUCCUGUUCACAGAUUUGCUUCUUUGCGCCAAACUGAAAAAACAGAUUGGAGGAAAAAGCCAGCAAUAUGACUGCAAGUGGUACAUUCCUCUUGCUGACCUUAACUUCCAGACGGUAGAUGAAUCAGAAACCGCUUCCAACAUUCCAAUGAUUCCAGAUGAUGAGAUAGAAGCCAUCAAAGUAAAGAUAUCCCAACUAAAGAGUGAUAUCCAGAGGGAAAAGAAAGCUCAUAAAGGAGGUAAAGGACUUGAACGUCUGCGCAAGAAAUUGUCAGAGCAGGAGUCUGUGUUACUCUUGGUAUCACCAAGUAUGGCUUUCCGCAUCCAGAACCGUAAUGGCAAGAGUUACACACUACUUACUUGGUCUGACUAUGAACGAGCAGAGUGGGCAGAGCAUAUUCGGGAGCAACAGAAGAAGUGUUUUAAAAGUUUCUCUCUGUCCUCACUGGAGAUCCAAAUGCUGACAAACUCUUGUGUUAAACUUCAGACUGUACAUAGGGUUCCACUGACACUUAGUAAGGAGGAUGAUGAGUCUUCUGGACUUUAUGGUUUUCUAAAUGUUAUUGUUCACUCAGCAACUGGAUUCCAGCAGAGCUCAAAUCUCUUCUGCACACUCGAGGUGGAUUCUUUUGGUUACUUUGUUAACAAGGCAAAAACACGUGUAUAUCGGAACACUACAGAGCCCAACUGGAAUGAGGAAUUUGAAAUUGAGCUGGAGGGCUCACAGACCCUGCGCAUUCUGUGUUACGAGAAGAGCUGCAACCGGAACAGGCCUAUGAAGGAGGAUGGGGGAGACUCUAGUGAGCGCAUGGUAGCUAAGGGGCAAGUGCAGCUUGAAUCUCAGCUGGCCCUCGGCAAGGACUGGCAUCGUUCUGUUGUCUCAAUGAAUGGGAUUGAAGUCAAAUUGUCAAUGAAGUUUACAAGCCGUGAGUUCAGUCUUAAGCGCCUCCCUUCACGCAAACAGACUGGUGUCUUUGGAGUUAAAAUUGCUGUAGUUACCAAAAGAGAACGCUCUAAGGUGCCAUACAUUGUACGUCAGUGUGUGGAAGAAAUUGAAAGGCGUGGGUUGGAAGAAGUUGGCAUUUACCGGGUAUCUGGAGUGGCUACAGACAUUCAAGCAUUGAAGAAUGCCUUUGAUGCAAAUAACAAGGAUGUCUCUGUCAUGAUGAGUGACAUGGAUGUCAACGCCAUUGCUGGAACACUGAAGCUGUAUUUUAGGGAGCUUCCUGCUCCACUUUUCACUGAUGAGUUGUACCCAAACUUUGCAGAGGGUAUUGCCCUGUCAGACCCUGUGGCAAAGGAGAGCUGCAUGCUGAACCUGCUGCUUUCUCUGCCAGAACCCAACCUGCUCACAUUCCUCUUCCUGCUUGAUCACCUCAAGAGGGUUGCAGAGAACGAGAGUCAGAACAAGAUGUCCCUACACAACCUUGCCACUGUAUUUGGGCCCACUUUGCUGCGCCCAUCAGAAAAAGACAGUAAAAUUCCAGUAAAUCCAACACAACCAAUAAGCAUGGCUGAUAGCUGGAGUCUAGAAGUAAUGUCACAGGUGCAGGUUCUUCUGUAUUUUCUGCAGUUAGACACUAUCCCUACCCCAGAUAGCAAACGCCAGAGUAUACUCUUCUCUACUGAAGUAUGAUUUCUGCUCUCUGCUGCCAACUGCUACUGAAUCAUCCCAAUGGAACCUGUGGCAUCUCCAGAAAGGAGGAAAACAGAGAUACUGUCACUGUUACAGUGCACCUUCUUGCCUGUCCUUUUGCAACAGGGCCACACUGUGAUUCAAGAGACCUGCAAUCUGUUCCCUCCCACACUCUGCACACACUGAGUAUCCAGGAGGAGAUGUGGAACAGGGAACUGAAAGCACUAAGAGAGAAGCUUUUUUAAUUUAUUUAUUUAUUAGUCUUUAGUCAGAGAUAAGCAAUCUGUGGCUCUCUAGCUGUUGCAGAACUGCUAAAUCCAGAAUGUUAAGUUAGCAGCUUGGCUGGCAGAGCUUGCUGGGACAUGUAGUUUAACAGUAGGAAGUUACGAGAUGGCUGUCUAUGCCAGUUUAGAUAAUAUGUAGAGCAGCUGAUGGUUCUUCCCUUUGUUACUGUACCAGUAUCCAUAUGGCCAUAGCAAUAGUUAUUUGUAUCGUCUUUAACCAAAACAUUAUAUUUUAUACAGAUUGGACUUUGGGUGGGUGCAACAAGUAAAAUCCAAACAUAAUUACAAUGGAAAAGCCUGUUCUUUGUGUAUAUAGUGUGGUUUCCAUUCAAUGAGUCACAUAAUACCGAUGUAGGGUUCUGUGCCCUAGCUGUUUUUUAGAUGUCAACUUUGUCUCUACUAAGGGCCAAAUUUCCAACUCUGGUUUAAUGGGAUUUGGCCUCCUGCUUUAUCACUGUCAGCCACAAGGUGUCAGUGUAAUACAAUACAUGUCAGGUUUGUGACUUGAACGGUUUUGGAGCUAUGUGAAGGGGCAUAUUUAUAAAGAUGUGAAUAAUAUAAUAAGCCAAAAAGGUACAACAAGUGGUGUAAAAUAAAUGGUGUAUUAGGAAGUUGUUAUAUGCAUGAAUUUACACCAUGAACUUAGAAAUCAUCCAUUACAAAUGACUAAUUACACUAUUUACAUGAGUCUGUUGAGGUUUUCAUUCACCCAGGACAUGAUAUAAAGAAUUUAAUAUUGAUAUUAAGUCCAUAGCAUCUGGACUUGCUGAUCAAGCAGCUGAUUAAUGUGCAAGUCCAGUGGCUUUGGACUACAUUAUGUAUAUUUUAGAUGUGUUUUUUAUUUGUUCACAUCAGACUAAUACUGUAAUUUUACACUAUGAUUUUACACCACCUAAAACAUGAUAUAACCCACUGAAGUCAAAGGGACCAACUGAGGAGACUAACAGUUCUGCUGUAAAAUGUGGUGGCACCCAAUGCUAUUUUUCAUACAACUUUUUAAAAACAAAUUCCAAUUUUAACUCACGCAUGCCUAAAAUUAUUACACAGCUUUAUAAAUACGUUGAUUUUACAUUGUGUCCUGAGGCAAUAAUAAUAUGGUGGUCUGGUGUAGUUCAAAGGCAUUUUGCUAUGAAUAACCAUACCCCCUAAUAAAUUCUUACCAAUGGGAGGCACUGUGCCUGUGGCUGUCUUUCCCCAGGUAUUUCAGGUGUUUGUGUAAUAGUCUUUAGGGCAGUUUUAUAGAUUGUGGUGUUUGCAGCAUGUUUUACAGAUUUCCUUCUACAGCUGGAUUUAAAUAUUGAUGUUUUAUUAGCCAAAAACUUCAGGAAAAGGUUUUAUUUGAAGGAAAAAAAAAAA